UACGUCUUUAGGAAUAACAAGUACUAGUCACAAUAGUUACUAGUAAGUAUUUAGCAAUACGUGUUAAAGUGGCUUGUUAUCCAUGGCUGUAUUACAUUUUUUAUGGAUUCCCAGUAUUAACUAUGCGCUCACCACUAUACGUACCUCUGAAUAAGAGCGCCUGCUCAAUUACUAAAAAUGUAUAUAAAGAGUUGGUGAACAUACGGUAUAAAUCUGUUUUGCUCAACUUGGCCACUAUAUUAUCAGUUGAUAGAAGAAGAAUUGAAUAUCCAGAUUAGAUACGCUCAAGCUGCAUUCAAACCCAAGGUGGAAAAUGGCUCAAGAGAAGUACAGCUAUCAAGCUUGUAAAUCAAUUUAAUUGUCCAAAACCCACACCACUAAAUUUAAUACAUUUAUAAAUAAUAUUUUGCUGUUAACAGCAAAUAAUCAAAUUUUCCCCACAAUCUCUUACAUUAUCUGAGCUCCACCCGGCCAUGAACGGAGGAUAAUGUAAGAGCUGUGAUUGUAUUUUCGUACUCUUAUUUUGUAAUGCUAUUCUGUCUUGGCAGAAGAGCAAAGGCUCAUGGGAAACUUCUUUAGUCUUGAUUUUUGAAGGGGGUGUAGAAGUUGAACUGAUAGCGCGUGUUUAUUUGACCCUUAAGCUGUGUAUCACUGACAAUAAAAUAUUAAGUCUAACACAAGUCCGUUGUUUUCGUUAUAAUUGAUCGCUGGCACAAAUCGACGUAAACGGCGUUUCAAAACGUUAGCCAAUCAAUGGUCAUCUCUAGUGCGACAGCAGACCCACAAAAUCGACUAUCGAGAGGAACCAUGCUGUCGUCUAUCAAGCUGCCUAUCGUGAUCAGAGCUGAAAUCAAUUUAGUUCUGGUGGUGCUGACAGCACUUGGAGUCUUUUCCAGGCUUUAUGGAAUUCACUUUCCUAAAGCUGUUGUGUUUGAUGAGGUGUACUAUGGACAGUUUGUGUCUUUGUACAUGAAACGGGUCUUCUUUAUUGAUGAGAGUGGGCCACCUCUUGGUCACAUGAUUCUAGCAUUUGGAGCUUAUAUCGGUGGAUUUGAUGGUAACUUCAUCUGGAACAGGAUUGGAGCAGAGUACUCCAGUAAUGUGCCUGUGUGGAGUUUGAGACUGAUCCCGGCUCUGGCUGGUUCACUGUCGGUCCCUCUGUGUUACAUUCUGGUCGUGGAACUGGGCUACUCACAUCUCACUGCCUUAGGUGCCACGUUGCUCUUCCUCAUGGAGAAUUCCUUGAUUGUUCAGUCCCGCUUCAUGCUGCUGGAAUCUGUGCUCAUCUUUUUCCUAUUGCUUGCUGUUGUGUCCUACCUCCGGUUUCACAAUUCACAAAGCAGUUCUCCAUGGCGACUGGUAUGGCUCCUGCUGACUGGAGUUACAUGUGCGUGCGCUGUAGGGGUGAAGUACAUGGGCCUGUUCACCUACUUGUUGCUGCUGGGCCUGGCGGCCGUGCACAUGUGGCAGCUUAUUGGGGACCGAGCGCUGAGCAAUAGUGUGAUUCUGGUGCAGGUGCUGACCCGCUUCCUGGCCCUCGUGGUUCUCCCCCUGCUGCUCUAUCUUGGCUUCUUCUAUGUCCAUUUGACCCUGCUGUACCGCAGUGGGCCUCACGACCAGAUGAUGAGCAGUGCCUUCCAGGCCAGCCUAGAGGGAGGCUUGGCGAGGAUUACUCAGGGUCAGCCUCUGGAGAUGGCUUAUGGCUCUCAGGUGACCCUCCGGAGCGUGUCCAGUAAACCCAUCCCCUGCUGGCUCCACUCUCACAAGGCAAACUAUCCCAUCAGGUAUGAAAACGGCCGUGGUAGCUCUCACCAGCAGCAAGUCACCUGUUAUCCAUUCAAAGACGUCAACAACUGGUGGAUUAUCAAAGACCCGGGCAGACAGGACCUGGUUGUGAGCAGCCCCCCCCGCCCUGUUCGCCAUGGCGACGUUGUCCAGCUGCUUCACGGCAUGACCUCGCGCUUCCUCAACACGCAUGAUGUUGCAGCUCCCAUGAGUCCACAUGCACAGGAAGUGUCUGGGUACAUUGACUUUAAUGUGUCCAUGCCAGCCCAGAACCUCUGGAAAGUGGACAUAGCGAAUCGGGAGACUGAACAAGAGGUCUGGAAGACUAUUCUGUCUGAAGUACGCUUGGUUCACGUCAAAACGUCAGCUGUGCUCAAGCUGAGUGGCUCCGCCCUUCCAGAGUGGGGCUUCAGACAACUGGAAGUAGUGGGAGAUAAGAUCUACAAGGGCUACCAGCCCACUGGCGUGUGGAAUGUAGAGGAGCACCGCUAUGGCAGAAGUCAGGAGCAGAAGGAGAGGGAGUUGGAGCUGCACUCCCCCACCCACAUUGAUAUCAACCGCAACCUCACCUUCAUGGCUAAAUUCCUGGAGCUGCAGUGGAGGAUGCUGACGGUGAAGCAGGAGACGUCUGAGCACAAGUACAGCUCUUCACCUCUAGACUGGAUCACUAUGGACACCAACAUCGCGUAUUGGCUGCAUCACACUGGCAACGCCCAGAUCCACCUGAUGGGGAACUUGGUUACCUGGUCCCUGGGCAACCUGGCACUGAUGGGGUAUCUCCUCCUCUUCCUGUCCUAUCUGUUAAGGAGGCGACGCAAAAUUGAAGACAUUCCUGAAGACACCUGGCGCCAGCUGCUUCUGGCAGGAGUGGUGUGUGCUGGCGGCUGGGCCGUCAACUACCUGCCCUUCUUCAUGAUGGAGAAGACACUGUUCCUGUAUCACUACCUGCCGGCGCUGACCUUCCAGAUCCUGCUGAUCCCUGUGGUCCUGGAGCACGUUCACACACACGUUCUGCGGUGUACUUCUCACCGACGGGCUCUUCACGGAGCUGUAUUGGCGGGAUUGUCCUCUGUGUACUUGACCUUCUGGAAGUUCAGUCCCCUCACCUACGGCCACCCAGAGCUGAGCGCUGAGCAGCUGGACUCACUGCGCUGGAAGGACAGCUGGGACGUCCUGUUUCGCAGGCAUUAGAUCCGUGAACACCCAAACAGCUGGCCGGGAAGGAACCAGGCCGUGCCUUUGCACAAGGCAGGACGACCCUGAGAGAGUAAAGGCGGUGACUAACCGUUCAAAUGCUAGGCCUUUGUCUGGUAACCAUGGGGUUUCGUCAGCUGGUGCCUGUUCAUGGGAUAAUAACUUUGGAUUCAAGGAACUGAUUUUCAGAGGGACAUUUUUGAUUGGGUCAUGUAAGCUAUUAAUUAUACCAACGUUAAGGCUAUCUUAACUCAAUUUUGUUUUUGUUUAUAAGUCUCCAGUGUUCCUCCCAGCACUGUGACUCCCUCCUCUAAAUUCUGCUGUUCUGCAUGGCCUGGUCAAGCUCCUCACGGUAAUGCUGCUCGUAGUGCUGUGGGCCCCAAACCAAAUGCGCGUAGUGAGCCUUAGUCAGUUUUUUUAGGUAAUAAAUCUGCCUUCUUCCUGGCACAAAGCCACGGGCCUCCACUACCCUCAGGGGGGGACUAACGUGAUCUUAACGGUUCUGAUGGAGGCUCCACUGCCCUCAGGGGGGACUAACGUGAUCUUAACGGUUCUGAUGGAGGCUCCACUGCCCUCAGGGGGGACUAACGUGAUCUUAACGGUUCUGAUGGAGGCUCCACUGCCCUCAGGGGGGACUAACGUGAUCUUAACGGUUCUGAUGGAGGCUCCACUGCCCUCAGGGGGGACUAACGUAAUCUGGACGGUUCUGAUGGAGGCUCCACUGGACCAUAAUAACUGGAAUGAGAUUUGUUCUGUCCCAAACAAGUCACAUGUUUAUGGGUAAAUAACAGUUUAGUGUUUAUUUGUGUUUCUUUUUUAAAUAAAGAUUU